AUGGCCGGCCGCUUCUGGCUCUUAGCCGCCUCUUUGGCACCUGCGGCGUAUGCUGCGGUCACCUGCGGUGGUGGAAAGCAAUGCCCAGAGGAUACUCCUUGUUGUUCACAGUACGGCCAAUGCGGUGUUGGUGCCUAUUGUCUAGGUGGCUGCGAUCCUGUCAACUCUUUCUCCCUUCAAGCCUGUACACCUGCGCCUGUCUGUCAGUCAAAGACAUACACCUUCGACAACCUUGAUGGCAUACAAUCAAACACCAAAUAUCUAGGGGAUCCUAGCAAGGCCGAUUGGGUGUCAUCUGGGCAGCCCCUCGAGUACAAUGGCUCCGUCUUGCUCACUAUGGCCGAAGGAACAGUCGGAACACUACUGGCGAGCACAGACUAUGUCUGGUAUGGAAAAGUGUCGGCCAGGUUAAGCACUUCUGCUGGUGCCGGCGUGGUGACUGCGUUUAUUCUGUUGGGCGACUCCAAAGACGAAAUCGAUUUCGAAUUUGUCGGCGUGGAACUCGAGAGCGCCCAAACUAACUUCUACUCUCAGGGUGUCACUGACUAUCACAAUGGUGGCAACACUACUGGCUUGAGCGAUGUACACCUAAACAUGCACGAUUAUGAGAUUGAUUGGCAGCCCGAUACUAUCACCUGGUCUAUCGAUGGCAACGUUGUUCGUACUCUCAACCGGGAAGAUACCUGGAAUGCUACCGCCAACCGAUACUCAUAUCCUCAAACCCCAUCUAGAGUGCAGCUGUCCCUCUGGCCUGGCGGUCUGUCCACCAACGGUGAGGGUACGAUUGAAUGGGCUGGUGGCCUUGUUCAGUGGGACUCGCCGUACAUGGAGAAUGGGUACUACUAUGCCACCUUUGAUGAAGUGUCGAUUGAAUGCUACGACCCUCCUAGCAAUGCGCAAAAGAACGGCACCAAGUCAUACAUCUACACCAACGAUGCCAUGACCAACAACACUGUCGAAAUUACCAACGAGAAUACGAUCCUCAGUUCGUUUUUGGCCACCGGUCUCAAUAUGACCGCUGGCGAAGCCAGCGCCUCUGCUAGCGCCAGUGGUUCUGCGAAGACAAGCGAUGUCGAGACAGUACCUGGUUUGAGCGGUGGUGGUACUGGCAACAAUGGUCAGCGCGGUGACGGCAGUUCUGCUAGCAGCAGCGCUGCAGGUACGGAUGCAGGGUCUGGAAGCGCUACAGCGACCGGCAGUGCAUCUACCGGAUUCGUUCAAGGUGGUGGCAGUGACUCGAACAAUAAUGGUGCCGGUCAGCUCGGCGGCAACAGUGAGACUGUCCUGAGAGGAAGUCUGCUUGCGGUUGUCGUUGCUGUGGUUGGACUUUGUGUGCUAUAG